GCCCAACCCUGGAUCUCUUCUCUCCUCUCCCACACCUAACCCAACCCACCACAACUGGGGUCAACUCUCAGCAACAACGACCUCGUCUACAGCUCCCCUCCUCUCCCAUCCUCUCCUCCCCUCCCCUCUCCCCCAAAGCACUGGCUCCUAGUCGUCGCGACUCGAGCACACACGCACGUAGCAAAACCACACCACACCUGUGCCUCGGCCCUCGUCGCCCAUCGUUUCGCGCCGACGACAUCUGCCUGCCUCUGUUGGCGGGAGAAAACCCCCACCCACCCUCGCUACUACCUUCUACCCACUCCGCUCCUUCCAUCGCCCGCCCCGCUGCUGGCCAUCCCAGCAGCAUCCAGCAAAACACUCGCUCUACCAUCUCGCCCACACUCGCUCCCCCUUGCCAUUGUUGCUCGACCACCACCGGCGUCCCAGCGAGCGCCGGCAAAGUCCACCAGCCACACCCAUGGUCGACAUUCGAACCACUAGCCGAAAGGGAGCAGCAGACCCGCGCACACCCGGAACAGACAUUGGCAUCACGACGGCCUUGACGAGCAACUAUAGGUCGAGCCAGACAUCGACCCGCCAGCCCUCACCCAGAAAAGGAGCAUCAGCAUCCAGAGUGCUACCAUCUCCACAGUCCUUGUCACCGCGUAAACACUCGUCCCUCUCUCCUCAAGACCACCCCCAACCCCGUCUCCCACCCUCGUUUGAACCCACCCCGGCAACUGCCCUCGCACCAGCCAUUCCCUCUCGCUACGGCGGCGUCUACACCCCCCACUCGCCUUACCGCCCAGGAGAGUACCAGCGCUCAGAGUGCGCUCCGUCUGAACGUACGCGCAUCGUCCGCAAGCUCUUUGACGACGACGAGGCUCUCGUCCCCACGAUCAAGGAAGAAUUAAACGGCAGCAGCCCUUUAGCACCCGCCUUUGAAGCAAAGAUGGUGCUACGAAAUGGUGCUUCCGUGGACCUCAUCUCAUGGUUGAGGACAAACUUCCACCACCAACCCCCACCACACACCCCGGUGACAUCCUUCAUGUCACUAGCCCACGUCGAACGCCUGUUAAAAGAACGCUUCCCCCGCGUCCCCGACCUCGCCGAGUUGCAUCGUGCCGUCCUUGCCGCUUUCCCCCACUCGGAGUGGGAGUCGGACAAUGUCAAUGCCCAGGAGCCUCCUAUGAUGCGCGGCCUCACAUGGCACGGCCGCGAUGUUGCAGAGGAGGAUGACUACGAUGCGACGCCCGGCAGGUCGCGCGGAAGCGCGCUCGCUCGGGAGCGCGGACGUGCGCCGCACCGUAUCGAAACGGAUGUGUUCGGCUCGGCUUCGUACUCUGCAGGCCAGUCUGCCACGAACGGUGCUGGCACCAGCCGCAGCCCAACAAACUCGUCUCUUAUGAGCCCCGUAUCGAGCAGCACCCGGCGUGCGCUCCCCGACACGCCUGCGAGAAGUGUCCUUGACGACUUUGCCGAGAUUGUCACUCGGACACCUGUCGCCAAGCCCCGUGCGCUCGACAUUGAGCCAUUCCCACUAGGCCACGCCGCUGCCAACGGCGCUCAGCCCUCCCGCCCAUAUCAGCAUGCGGCGACCCGCAAGCGCCAUGCGUCCCAGUCACCAGACCGUGGCCAACGUCGCCGGGCAUCAACUCCCGACGCCCUCCAAGAGCUGCUCAACGCCGCCGAGGCCGUCGAGGGCAGCCCUCUCAACUCUGUGUUAUCCAAACAGGAGCGAGGCCACAAGCGCCGCCGUACUAUUGCUGGUUCCACCACCCACGACUUCAUGUACAACAGACCAGUGCCUAUCGGUAUCGACCAGCGACGAUCGCAAUCAGUACGAGGAACGGUUUCGCCUCAGAUUGGCGGCCUGUCCAUACUCUCUGCCCGCGAGAGCAUGCAGCGCAGCCCGCCGUCCGGCGAUGAGGAGCCCGUCUCACCGCUCGUAUCUGAAGAGUCGGCUGCUUCGCAGCUCGCUGCCUUGGGUAGCGGGUCGUGGCCCACACGUCGUGGCCCGGCCAGCUCGACGGCGUCCCAACUCUCGGUCAUCUCCGAGUCGGUCCAGUUGGCCGGUCCCUCGGUUGGCCCACCGCAGCCCAAGACCACUGGUCGCAAGGUCAACGAACUCCCAACGUCGUCCCAAGGUCAAUUCCCCGGCGUCGACUGCAAGCCACCUUACCCAUAUCAUGAAAUGAUCCGUCACGCUAUUGACGCCGCGCCGGACAGGAAACUGCAGCUGGCACAGAUCUACUCGAGCAUCGCCGACCGCUUCCCCUUCUUCAAGACGCUCGACGAGAAGAAGACGGCUGGUUGGCAAAACUCUAUCAGGCACAAUCUCUCCCUCAAGAAAAUGUUUGUUCGUGUCAACAAGGCAGACGGGCAACCCGACGACUCUGGCGGCAAGGGUGGCUGGUGGACCGUGCAGGCUGGUGUGCCCGACGAGGGACGACCUGGACGCAAGGCCAAGGCCAAGCGUCUCAAGGAUGGUCCUCCUGUGCUCGACGAUGCCAGUAAUGCGACGAGCACCGCCAGCACGCCUGCGCCCCCGACCCAGCCGCCCCCUUUGUAUCCGCAGACGCAGCCGCACCCGAUUGCCGAGUCGCAAUAGUGCGACACGUGCGGAUCGCCCCUCCUCGCCCCUACCCGCCCUUGAUCGCCGUACCCCACGGAUUGUUACUCGAACCCCUGUAGCCCCCACUCGCCUUGACCAAUCUACACAGCCUUAUCUUUGGUUCGGCUAUCUCUCGCUCUCUCUCUCUCUAUCUGGCCCUCUCGAUCCGCUCGGCCACAACCUUCACUUGACUCUACAACCUACUACCCUAUAUUCCGGCUAGCGCCUGACGUCAUGCCUAUCGUCCUGGAUGGCGCUGUAAUAUGAAAGCAGCGCCUUGGGAGCUCCCACAAUUGUCGACACGAAUCGACACCACACCAGGCCGAUCUGAUUGUUGUGCAGCAGCGAGCGUGCGCGUGCAGGCAAGCAGACGAGUGCAACGGAAACCCACGGGCAGAAGACUUCAACUCUGGAAAACAGAAAAACCCCACACACUGUCACCCCUUGUCGUCAUCUUUUUUACUCUUCCUCUCUUUGGUUGGUUGGGGGUGUUACGAGCCAGACGCGUCGUGCGUCCCCCCACGAUUUGUUGCGAUUAUGCACUUGCAUUUGUAGUGAA